UUUACUCUCCUUAUAUAACUCUCUCUUAUCGUUUCGUUUGCUUUCCACAGCAGUUACUUUGAAUUAUUCGUAGCUUUUUUUUUUGAAUCUGGGUUUCUUUUAUUUUGUAUAAAUUCAUAAAGGGUAAUUUUGAUGAGUAGUUUUCCAAUGGAAGACGCCAUUAUUGCUUACAAAGGACGAGAAGAACUUGUCGAUUUGCCGCCCGGUUUCCGGUUUCAUCCGACGGACGAGGAGAUUAUAACUCAUUACCUUUUGGAAAAGGUGAUGAACAGCAACUUCAGUGCAUGCGCUAUUGGGGAAGCUGAUUUCAACAAGUCUGAACCUUGGGAUUUACCCGACAAAGCAAAGAUGGGGGGAAAAGAAUGGUUCUUCUUUUGUCAAAGAGAUAGGAAGUAUCCGACCGGGACAAGGACGAACCGAGCAACCGGAGCUGGGUAUUGGAAGGCAACCGGAAAAGAUAAAGAGAUUUUCAAAGGCAAAGGUUGCCUUGUUGGCAUGAAAAAGACCCUUGUUUUCUAUAAAGGGAGAGCUCCUAGAGGGGAGAAAACAAAUUGGGUUAUGCAUGAAUAUAGGCUUGAAGGCAAAUUCUCUUACUAUAAUCUUCCCAAAGGUGCAAAGGAUGAAUGGGUUGUUUGUAGGGUUUUCCAUAAGAAUACAGAGGUGAAGAAGAGUACAACUCAUGAUCAUUACUUAAGAAUGGACUCAUUUGGGGAUGAAAUAUUCAUGGAUUUUUCUUCAUUGCCUCCUCUCAUGGAACCAAGUUUCGAUUGUGAAAACGAUGACAUCAACAAGACCCCAGUUUUCAACCCUCAAAUCCCAAUCCAAAACCCCAUCUUUCAUCAAGGAACCGACUCGGAUUCCGGAACCGGUGGCUUCCGAACCGACGACAUGAAGAUUCUAAGAGCAUUGACAGCCAACAAGGUGGAGCAGUUUUCAUCAAACCAAUCAAUGGCCAGUCUCUCACAAGACACUGGCCUUGGCACUGAGAUCAACAACAAUGAGAUUUCAUCAAUGAUUUCAAGCAGUAUUCAACUUGGAAGCUGCAAAUCUUAUGAUGAUAUUGAAGACUUGGUGUGUUUAUGGAAUUGAUCAAAGAGUGGCUUAAUUUGUUCAUUUAGAAAUUAAUUAUAUGACGUGAAACAAACAGUUAGGUUAUUAAUUA